AUGAUAACAUGUGGCGUAUGCCCUGGUUCAAAAUGUAUUUCUAGAGCAGCAUUGGGACUACCUCCUGCUAGUACAGCAGUAGCCAAAACAUCCUCUGGAAGUGGAGCAUUGAUUGGUGGUAUCGUGGGCGGUAUAUUUGGUGGUGGAUUGCUUUUAUGUGGACUGGGUUAUUUAGUUAUUCGUCACAGAAGGAAGAACAAGAGCAGUUUGCCACUCGCAUUUAGAUCACCUGAUAAACUUCAUCGACUUGAAAGAACUUCACCUAUGGAUGAAGAAAUGUUGGAGAGAAAUAAUAGCACUCGACAAGUGAUGUCUGGUGUUAUACCUGUCACGUUUAUACCACCUUCUAGACCUGAAUCAACUGCAACCAUACCGGAAGCUGAAACGCCUGAAGCUCGAUAUGGUAGCUUCUCAACAUUUGCUAAUCAUCAAGAGAAUGAUCCAUUUAGUGAUCGACCUAUAUCCAAUGCUCAUAGUAUCAUGACAACGACGACACAUACUUGUAGUCGACGUGGAUCGAUGGAAUCCACGAUGAGUCAUCAGCAAACAGCAACCGUUGUCCAGGCAACACAAAUCACAAGAGCCAAACCCCAAAUUAUGCGUGUAAAUACCAUCAGACCACAAAAUAGUAUAACACGUAGUGGUUCACUUAAAUCAAUUAAACCUGAAAAAUAUGAAGUUGUGCCAAAGGCAACCAUUGAAGAAAAUCCUUUUGAUGAUCGAAAUAAAGUAGAACCACUACCCGAAAGAAGACAGGUAACGGAUAGUGUCGUAUCCGCUCCUGGUGACGGAGAAAUUACAAUCUUUUGGAAUGGUUCGUAA